AUGUCAGCAGACAUAGAGGAAACUGUAUGUGCCUCUGUAAAGGAAAGUGAAAUGUUUGCACUUCAGGUAGAUGAGUCCACAGAUAUUGGAGGAUUUGUGUCACUAGUGAAGAAAGAAAACAGCAGUGUCAUAACAACACAUUGCUUUCUCCAUCGUGAAGCGCUGGUUGCUAAGACAAUUGGCAAUGAUUUGAAGUCUGUACUGGAGAAAGUUGUAAAAAUGGUGAACUUUAUAAAGAGUCGGCCACUUAAGACUCGUCUGUUUGCUAAGCUGUGCGAAGAGGUUGAGGCAAAACAUGUGAAUCUUCUUCUACACACGGAGCUUACCGGGGGCCUUACCCUCACGGAAGAAGAGCAGUUAGUGGAAAUGCGUAAUGAUCGUAACCUGAAGUUAUUGCACAUGCAGCUGCCUCUUAACGAAUUCUGGGUUCAGAUGAAGGCUCAGUAUCCUCAAGUUGCAAAGAAAGCUCUGGUAAUCCUUAUCCAGUUCUCUACAUCUUACCUGUUUGUCUCCUCCUGCAUACUUACUAACUUAAUCAAGUUCAAUAAGUACUAG